AUGAAACCAACUGUCGAUCAAAAUGAAACCGUACUUUCUGAGGCUCUAUUGAAAAUAGCAAAACGUGAAUUACGUGAAGAUAAAUGUACACGUGAACAAAGUUUAGAACAAUUUCGCAAUUGGUUAACGAAAAACGAAGAUAUACUCAAUAUGCGUAUGGAUGAUCAUUUUCUGUUGCGUUUCUUGAGAGCCAAAAAGUUUAGUGUACCCAUGGCUGAACAAACACUACUCAAAUACCUCAAUGUCAAGCGUACAUUUCCUGAAUAUACUACACAAUUAGAUUUGAAUGAUGAAAAAAUUUAUGAAGUUCUCAGCAGUGGUUAUAUAUUAGCCACACCCAAACGUGAUAAGAAUGGAAGACGUGUUGUGAUUACCAGUGCCAAAGGUUUUAAUGCCAAGAAAUAUAGCAGCAUGGAUCAGGCCAAAGCUCAUUUCUUAACCUAUGAAUAUCUCAUGGAAGAUCCUCAGACCCAAGUUUUGGGUUUAACACAUGUGGGUGAUUUCUCAGGCGUAACCACCGCUCAUGUUACCAACUGGAAUCCCACAGAAUUUGCUCGGCUCUUCAAAUGGGGCGAACAGUCAUUGCCUUUAAGACAUAAAGAGAUACAUUUGGUAAAUGUACCCUCUGCCCUUAAAUGGUUGAUAGAUUUUGCUAAAAAUCGUGUUAGUGCAAAAAUACGCAAUCGUCUUACUAUCCAUACAAACGAUAAAGAUUUAACCAAAGCUAUUGAUUCCGAAUGUUUGCCCUUGGAGUUGGGUGGCAAAAUGCCUCUUAAUGAAAUGAUAGAAUUAUGGAAACAAGAAUUAAAGGAAAAACGUGAUGUUAUUCUUAAAUUAGAUGAAAUUAGACUGCUUAGUGAUCGUGGUAUACAGCGUAAGAGUUCUUAUAAUGCCGAAAAGAGCAGUGGACAACCUACUUUCGUGUCGCAAAUCGAAUCAAUACAAGGAAGUUUUCGAAAAUUGGAAUUUGAUUAA